AUGAUACACCUUGUUGCUGUACCGGAGUCGAUCACAGCCCAGGGCUGUGCGGUUGUCUUCUUCAAUACUAUCUUUCGACUUCAUGGGUUACCCCAUGAAAUCGUGUCCGAUAGGAACCCCCGCUUCACAGCGGAGUUCUGGCAAUCCGUGUUCCGUUCACUUGGAACACGUUUGACGAUGACAAUUUCUGACCAUCCCGAAACAGAUGGUCAAACAGAACGCGUCAACCGCGUUCUCGAAGAGAUACUUCGAGGGUAUGUCCACUCGUUUACGAGCUGGAGUGAGUUCUUGCCGAUGGCGGAAUUCGCCAUCAAUUACUCGGUGCACGCGUCUACAACGCAUACACCGUUCUUCGUGAAUGGCCUACGCCAUCCACGCUUACCCGCCUUCUUAGAGUGUGAUUCUAGUUUAAGGGGGGUGGACUCGCUCGAAAAAAACCGAUCUAGUUCUUGCUCAUCACCCGUCGACAAUGGUGUCAACGUGAUGGAUGCUGAUGUCGGUGGGAUCGAUGUCGAUGAUGACGAUGACGACGAUGCUGGCAUAUUCAGCAUCGCCAAUGACCGCCAAAGUGAGGACGAAGACACCCUCAAUGGUGAAGACGACGUUUUCUUUCAGCAGUGCACACAAAGCGCACUGCUGUUGACAAGGAUGAAUCAGCAGAGGAAUUUCUGCUGA